AUGUUCCAAAAACAAAAAAAUUAGAAAUCACUUAUAUUAGAACUUGAUUAUGAAAUCGAAAGCAAAUCAAUAAAGAGUUCAACAAAAAUGACUGAAUAGAAAAUAAUAUCAAAAUUUGUUGAUUUAUAUGAGGAAGUUCUCGUUUAAAUCAAAGGAUCACAGAAUCUGGUAUCACAUAUUUCACUAUUUUAGUAUUUAAUCAAUAAAAUGGCUAACUGCAAGAAUGGGGAUGUUUUUAAUCUGGAUCUAUUGUUGUCCAAUUUCAAAUACCUGAUUACAUUGUUAAUUCAAGAAUUAGUAUUGUUUAUUCCUAUUUAGAUCCAAUAUUAGAUGCAAGUGGACUCUCAAAACAUCGAACCAAACAAACCCAAUUAUCACGAGUUGAAUUAAAUGAAACUUGACCUCCAAAGAUUCAAAUAUGUAACACUUUUAUUGAAAAUUAAGGACAAGACUGACCUAUAAUAUAGAGUUAAAGAGCUUGAACAAGACCUACACCAACAAUAACAAUUAAAUGCCUCCAUCUGUCAAGAUUUACUAGAAGCUAGACAAAAAUAUUAAGAAUUAUAACAGAAAUUCGAUCGUUAAACCUAAAUCAAGUAUGACAAAACCUUCUAUACACAAUAUGACCAAAACAUCAAGGAAAAACUCAAAUAGCUGCAUACAAUCUACAAAAUUGACAAAUCUUAGAAAGCCAAAUCCAUAGUUAAUUAAAGGCAAAAGCUAACCAUCAUGACUGAACCAUGUGAUUCUGAUUCCUAUCAUGACAGAUUUGGAGAUAUGACAGAAAAAAGUAAUUCCUUUUAUGGCAGAAUCAGUAACAAGAACAAAUAAAAUCAAACUAUUGAGACCAUCACCUCUGUCGGUACUGAUUACAAUAAUGUGUCUGAUUCCUUUUCAUGUCUUCUAAACAACAGCUUUUAUAACAAAAGAGAUAAAUCUGCUAGUCUCUCCAUUGAUUAAUCCCUUGAACACUACAAAAAUCUGAAACAUGUCUUCAAAUAAGGACUCCCUAUAAAUAACUCUAUCAAAUGCAAAAAAUAGACUUAAUUUAGCUGA